AUUAAACAGUUUUUUUUAUUACUUGCUUUAUUCAAACAAAAAUUCUAAGCAAAUCAGUACGCUCUAGUCGAUUCAUAAAGUCAGAUCGACACGCUUUAUAUAUAAGUUUAGAGAAAACAUAAAAAUCCAUCAUUCUUCCCUCUUUUGUUGUUUUACUUUUUUUGUGCAAAAAGUUGGGGGUAGAUGGGGUUUUUUUGAAAAAAAAAAAAAAAUUUUUUAUUUUUUUAAUUUUUUGAUUUUGUUAAAAGAAACUAACUUUAUAAAGAGGUUAUAAACAUAAUAUUUUUUAAUUAAAAUCCGUGCGGGAUCUGUAAGGAAACUAAUAUAUACGUAUACAAAAUUGGGGUAUCAUGGAGCCCCUCUGGAAGCGGCUACUUUUUGCCGCUGUAUUAGCUGGAGCGUUAGUGGGAAUUAAUGCUCAAUUUUGGAAAACUGCCGAUACUGGAGCUAUCUAUAACUCCGCCAAACAUUAUAGACCUGAAGUCGAAACUCCCAGAAAUCCCAUUGAUGAUAGUUAUGCUGUAAUUGAUAGCGCUACAACCACCCGUACCGGUCAAGUACCCUCAAAUUGUACUAGCGGUACAGUCGGUUGCAUACCAAAAUGUUUUGCUGAAAAAGGUAACCGUGGUCUUCAAGGUGCCAUCGGUGCUCCCGGUCCCAAGGGUAUGCCUGGUUAUCCCGGUCCCGAAGGUCCUCCAGGUGACAAGGGUCAAAAGGGUGAUCCCGGUCCAGAAGGUCCUCGUGGUCUUAAGGGUGAACGUGGUACAGCUGGUAUUCCCGGUAUGGCUGGUGUGCCCGGUAUUCAGGGUAUUGCUGGUAAUCCCGGUGCCCCUGGUAUUCCUGGUAAAGACGGUUGUGAUGGUGAAAAAGGUUUACCUGGUGUUACCGGUCUCAGCGGUAUGACUGGUCCUCGUGGUUAUCCUGGUCAACCCGGUGCUAAGGGUGAAAAAGGUGAACCUGCUAAGGAAAAUGGUGAUUAUGCUAAGGGUGAGAAGGGUGAACCUGGUUUUGCUGGUCGUUCUGGUAAUCCUGGUCCCGAGGGUCCUAUUGGUCCCAAGGGUGAUCGUGGUGAUACUGGUGCAUAUGGUCCUCCUGGUCAACGUGGUGACCGUGGUCAAAAGGGUGAAAAGGGUGCUCCCUGCUUUGCUCGUCCUCAACCCGGUAAGAAAGGUGAAAAGGGUCAAAAGGGUGAACCUGCUCGCAAACAUAAAUUGACUGGACAAGAAACGUACAGCGGCGAACGUGGUGAAAAGGGUGACAAAGGUGAUACUGGCCCAGCUGGCAUAAAGGGCGAAGUCGGUUUCCAAGGUGAACCUGGUCGUGAUGGUAUGAAAGGUGAAAAAGGUCUUCCUGGUCCUUCCGGUGAUAGAGGUCGUCAAGGUAGCUAUGGUCCUCCUGGUCCUGCCGGUCAAAAGGGUGAUCGUGGUGAUACUGGUUUGAAUGGCUUGCCUGGUAAACCCGGUCAAAAGGGUGAACCUGGUCGUCCCGGUCAACCUGGUGAACGUGGUCUUGUUGGUCCUCCUGGUCCCCCCGGUGGUGGCCGUGGUUCCCCUGGCGCUCCUGGUCCUAAAGGUCCUCGUGGUUACACUGGUGCUCCCGGUCCUAAAGGUUUGGAUGGUUUUGAUGGUCCUCCUGGUCCCCAAGGUUUGCCUGGUGCUAAAGGUGGUCCCGGUGUUCCUGGUCACAAUGGUGUUGAAGGUCCUCCCGGUGAAAAGGGUGAGAAAGGUAAUCCAGGUCGUGAAGGUUCAAUGGGUCCUCAAGGCCCUACUGGUCACACUGGUCCACCAGGUCCUGAAGGUCAAAAGGGUGAGGCUGGUCUUCCUGGCUAUGGCGAAAGAGGCUUUAAGGGUGAUGAUGGUAUUCCUGGUAUGCCAGGCGCAAAGGGUCAAAAGGGUGAACGCGGUUUCCCUGGUAAUGUCGGUGCUCCUGGUGACUCCAAAUUAGGUCGUCCUGGUACUCCUGGUCGUAUUGGUGCCCCUGGUCAAAAGGGUGAUGCCGGUCGUCCUGGUACCCCCGGUCAAAAAGGUGACAUGGGUCCUAAAGGUGAUAUUGGUGGUAAAUGCUCAAGCUGUCCUUAUGGUCAAAAGGGUGACAAAGGUGAACGCGGUGUUGAUGGCGCUCCUGGUCAACCUGGUCUUCGUGGUCCUCCUGGUGAACGUGGUUAUCCUGGUGAACGCGGUGCUGAUGGUAUUGCCGGUCCUCCCGGUGCUCCUGGUGAAAAGGGUAAAGAUGGUCUUCCUGGUGCCCCUGGUCCAUAUGGUCCCCCUGGUAAAGAUGCUCUUAUUGACUUGAACCAAAUCGAAGCUGAGAAAGGUGACAAGGGUGAACGUGGUUAUCCUGGUCCCGCUGGUCUUAAGGGUGAACGUGGUGAAAGAGGUGAACCCGGCAGAAACGGAGAAAAAGGUGAAAUGGGAGCCAAGGGUGACAAAGGUUUUAUGGGUCCUCCCGGCUCUGACGGUACUCCUGGUACUCCCGGUAGAGAUGGUCUUGAUGGUAUUCCUGGUCAAAGCAUUAAGGGUGACACUGGUCGUGCCGGUUUUGAUGGUGCCAAGGGUGACAAAGGUUUCUCUGGACCCCAAGGUGAAAAGGGCGAACCUGGCUCCUGUGCUGUUGAUAUGCCAGUACCCGCUAAAGGCAACAAGGGUGAUCGCGGUCUUCAAGAUCCUGGCCCACAAGGUGUUCAAGGUAUAAAGGGUGAUGCUGGCAGACCUGGCGAGAAAGGUGAACGCGGUCCACAAGGUCCAGUAGGUCCAACUGGUGCUCGUGGUUUGACUGGUCCUCGUGGUGAAAAGGGUAACCAAGGUCCAAUUGGUGCUCCUGGUAACCCCGGUAAAGAUGGUUUCAAUGGUCCUCCCGGUAGAACUGGUGCUCCUGGUCAAAAGGGUGAAAUGGGUAUUGCUGGUAUUGGUCCUCGUGGUCCUCAAGGUCGUCCUGGUUUAACCCGGUGAGAAGGUGAACGUGGUCCCACUGGUAAUUAUGGUCCCCCCGGUAAAGACGGUCCUCCUGGUUAUCCUGGUGACAAGGGUGAUGCUGGUUAUCCUGGUGCCCCUGGUAUGCCUGGUGUUGAUGGUGCCAAGGGUGAUAUGGGUCCAAUUGGUCCCCCCGGUCCACAAGGUCCUCCCGGUAUUCCUGGUGUUGAUGGUGUACAAGGUCGUGAUGGUGCAAAGGGUGAACCUGGUAAUCCCGGUUUGGUCGGUAUGCCUGGUUUGAAGGGUGAACGCGGUGCUCCUGGUAAUGAUGGUCCCAAAGGUUCCCCCGGUGUUACCGGUCAACCUGGUAAACGUGGUCCUCCUGGUCCAGCUGGUAUUCCCGGUGCCAAGGGUGACAGAGGUGAACGUGGUUUAACUGGUAGGGAUGGUUUGACUGGUCCUAGAGGUCCUCCUGGCCCUCCUGGUUUGAUGGGUGUUAAGGGUGAUUUAGGUCCAGUUGGUCCCCCCGGUGCUGACGGUAUUCCCGGUCUUGAUGGUGAAAAGGGUGAUCGUGGUUUCACUGGUGAAAUGGGUCCUCGUGGUGAACCUGGUGAUGCUUCUGAAAAGGGUCAAAAGGGUGAACCUGGCGCACCUGGUCUACGCGGUGAAGAUGGUCUUCCUGGCGCUCCUGGUAUGCAAGGUGAAAAGGGUGUUGCUGGUAUUGCUAUGCACGGACGUCCCGGUCUUCCUGGUGAGAAGGGUGAUCGUGGUCGUGAUGGUAUGAAUGGACGUGAUGGUGCCCAAGAUGAGGGUGACCAAGGUUUGCCUGGUCUUAUGGGAGCCAAGGGUGCUAAGGGUGAAAUGGGUCUUCCUGGUGUUCCCGGAGCUCCUGGUAUGGAUGGUAAACCCGGUGAAGUCGGCGCUCCUGGUCCAGUUGGUUACAUGGGUCUUAAGGGUGACAAGGGUGAACGUGGUUAUUCCGGUAUCAAUGGUGCCAAGGGUGAAAGAGGUGAACCAGGUUUACCUGGUUUCGCUGGCGCUCCUGGUCCUAAGGGUGAACGUGGUUUGACUGGUCCCGCUGGUUUAGAUGCUAAACCUUUCACCAUCAGGGGUGACAAGGGUGAAAUGGGUGAAGCUGGUUUAAUUGGUUUGCCUGGUCCUAUGGGUCUUAAGGGUAAUCAAGGUGCACCUGGUUUCAAUGGUCCUAAAGGUGAUCGCGGUAUGACUGGUCCACCUGGCGCUCCUGGUUUGAAUGGUCUCCCCGGCAUGAAGGGUGAUAUGGGUCCCAGAGGUGAUGUUGGUGCUCCUGGUUUGACAAUUAAGGGUGAAAAGGGUUUGCCUGGCCGUACUGAAAAUGGACGUGAAGGUGCUCCUGGUCCUGCUGGUCUUAAGGGUGACAAGGGUUUGCCUGGUCUUCCAGGUACUCCUGGUGAUGGUCCUCCUGGUGUUCCUGGUCCCCAAGGUCCUAAAGGUGAUCGCGGUUUAGUAGGUCAACCUGGUAGAGAUGGUCAUGACGGUAUGCCCGGUGUUCAAGGUAUUAAGGGUGAUAUGGGUUAUCCCGGUCCUAAGGGUGAAAUGGGUCCUCCUGGCUUCCAAGGACAAAAGGGAAAGGGUGAUUUAGGUUUCACUGGUGCCCCUGGUCUACCUGGUCGUGCUGGUAUGAAGGGUGAUAUGGGUAUGAGUGGUCUCGAUGGCUUGCCUGGUCCUGUUGGCGCUCCCGGUGAAAAGGGUUAUCCUGGUCCUGCUGGUAUUAACGGUCGCGAUGGUAAACCUGGUACUAAGGGUGAUAAAGGUGAACCUGGUAUGGUACCUCCUCCCGGUCCUAAAGGUGAACCUGGUUAUCCUGGUAGAGACGGUCAAAAGGGUGAACGUGGUGCUCCUGGUCCUCGUGGUUUGAUUGGCUUGCAAGGUGAACGCGGUGAAAAGGGUGAUCAAGGUUUAAUUGGUCUUACUGGUCCCACUGGACGUCCCGGUAUGAAGGGUGAUCAAGGUCUUCCUGGUCCCAUGGGUCGCGAAGGUCUUCCCGGUGCUCUCGGUCCUAAGGGUGAACCUGGUGCCCCUUGCACUGCUGCCCAAGAUUAUCUUACCGGCAUUUUAUUGGUCAAACACAGUCAAUCCGAAGAAGUACCACGUUGCGAACCUGGCCACAUUGAAUUGUGGACUGGUUAUUCUCUCAUGUACGUCGAUGGUAACGAUUAUGCCCACAACCAAGAUUUGGGUUCCCCCGGUUCUUGUGUACGUCGCUUCUCUACUCUGCCCGUACUCUCUUGCGGUGCCAACAAUAUUUGCAACUAUGCCUCCAGAAACGAUAAAUCAUUCUGGUUGACCACAUCGGCACCUUUGCCAAUGAUGCCAGUUCCAGCUCAAGAUGUCAGCAACUACAUUUCUCGUUGUACCGUAUGCGAGGCUCCAUCAAAUGUCAUUUCCAUUCACAGUCAAUCUUUAGACAUUCCAAGCUGUCCAAAUGGUUGGGAAGGUCUCUGGAUCGGUUACAGUUUCAUGAUGCACACUGCCGCAGGUAAUGGAGGUGGUGGUCAAGAUAUGUCCUCACCUGGUUCCUGCUUACAAGAUUUCCGCACCACACCCUUCAUUGAGUGUAACGGCGGCAAAGGUCACUGCCACUUCUACGAGACCAUGUCCAGUUUCUGGAUGGUCACUAUGGAAGAAUACCAACAAUUCCAAAGACCCGCUAUGGAGACCCUUAAGGCUGGCAAUCUGCUACAAAAGGUCUCAAGAUGUCAAGUUUGUAUUAAGAACUCAUCAUAGAGAUUCAACAACUAGCAGUUAUAA